AUCAUUUUAAGGAUGUUUACUGUUUUUCCCACUUUCCCAGAAAACAACAACCCAAUAUUGCAGCAAAAAAAAAGAGGCCAAAAGUGAGUGUAAGCCCUUAUUCCUGCAGCUCGUGCUGGUACGUUAGAGACAUGCUACCUCCUUUGACCAGCAGGUGGCGGCAUUGUGUCACAAGAGUACAAAGUGUGAUUUUUACCCACAAAAAUGACGCACAAAACAGGUUCUGUAUUUUUGCUCUCGUUCAUUUUAUUUUAAAUAGCCUACAUGUUACAGGACAUGCAGUCACGUUUGAAGUCAGCAGUUUUGAAUAAAAAAUAAAUAAAAAAUAGACUUUCAAAUGAAAACGGAUGCAAGCUGACUUAAAGGUUCGGCACAAACACAAUCGCGGUCUACAAUAUUAAUAACCGAGCAGCCACGUUUGAAACGGCACCCUCGGGUGAACAGGGACUUCCAUGAAACGCCGUUCACCUAAAUCAGGGCUCGAGUGUGCGCAAAACGAUCCCACCAAUCAGGGCUCGACAAUACGCUGGCGUCUCCGCCCCUGCCUGCCUCUAAGAUCACCUCCCAGUGUGUUUUGGUCAUGAUUCGGUGUUCCUGCACAGAAGCCGACUGUCGGGAGAAGCUAGAUUUACAUAUGCUUUUGGGCGUUCUGGUCUUUGUACUUUAAUGCAAUUAAUUUAUAUGUGAAUGGAAGAUGUUUUCGUAUCCUCGGAGUCAUUCCCCGUCAUGACCUCACCACCGGACCGCCCCUCCAGUUGAAUGGGAUUCCUCAGCGCCUCUCUGUCGCUCCUUUUGGCACUGACUGUCUCUUCUUCCACCGCCGCCGCUCCAAGCCGCCGCUUUUAGGAUCCGCGAGCCGUUGCUUCCUCUUAUCAGUUCAUGAAUGGUUUGAUGCCAGAUCCGCCUGUCUGAUCGUCACAACAGCGACGACGCCAAAGACCCCGGUAGCCUGCGCGUCAGGGCCUUGGCCAUGGGGGGAUCCAAGAGUAAGCCCAAGGAUGUUGGCCAGCGAACCCGCAGCCUCGAGGGCAACCUCAGCUCUGGUGGAGUGGUUGGCGGCCACCACCUCAGCACCAAUCAACAGUCUUUAACACCCAAUCGUAGUCCCGCUAUAGAUGGAGGUCUUGGUGGCAAUCAGACCAAUACUGCAGAGUUGGCCCUGUUUGGAGGUGUGGACAACAAUGCUGUCACCUCUCCCAACAGAAUCACACUAGCAGGAGGCGUGACGACGUUCGUGGCGUUGUAUGACUACGAGUCUAGAACGGCCUCGGACCUUUCUUUCAGGAAGGGUGAACGCCUCCAGAUAGUCAACAACACGAGGAAAGUGAACUGCAGAGAAGGCGACUGGUGGCUGGCGCGCUCCCUUACCACUGGAGAGAGCGGUUAUAUCCCCAGCAAUUAUGUGGCUCCAUCUGACUCCAUCCAGGCAGAAGAUCAUCUCAGACUGACUCUAGAGUCCAGGUGGUACUUUGGUAAAAUCACUCGCCGCGACUCAGAGAGGCUGCUGCUAAGUUUAGAGAACAGGAGAGGGACUUUCCUGGUGCGAGAGAGUGAGACCACCAAAGGUGCCUACUGUCUGUCUGUAUUGGACUAUGACAACACCAAAGGGCUGAACGUGAAGCACUACAAGAUCAGGAAGCUGGACAGCGGAGGCUUCUACAUCACAUCACGCACACAGUUCAGCAACCUGCAGCAGCUCGUUAACCACUAUCGCAAGCACUCUGAUGGGCUGUGUCACAGUCUGACAGACAUCUGUCCGGUGCUGAAGCCUCAGACUCAGGGCUUGUCCAAGGAUGCCUGGGAGAUCCCAAGAGACUCCCUCCGUCUUGACCUCAAGCUGGGACAAGGCUGCUUUGGAGAGGUCUGGAUGGGAACGUGGAACGGGACAACACGAGUGGCAAUAAAGACUCUGAAAACCGGCACUAUGUCUCCUGAGGCCUUCCUCCAGGAAGCUUCGGUCAUGAAGAAACUGAGACAUGAAAAGCUGGUUCAGCUCUAUGCUGUGGUGUCCGAGGAGCCGAUCUACAUCGUCACAGAGUACAUGGGACAAGGUAGCUUACUGGAUUUCCUGAAAGGCGACAUGGGCAAAAUGCUCCGCCUCCCCCAACUGGUGGACAUGGCUUCACAGAUUGCUUCAGGGAUGGCUUAUGUGGAGAGGAUGAACUAUGUGCACAGGGACCUGAGAGCCGCUAACAUCCUGGUGGGAGAUAAUCUGGUUUGCAAAGUGGCUGAUUUUGGUCUGGCUCGCCUCAUUGAGGACAAUGAAUACACUGCGAGGCAAGGAGCCAAGUUCCCCAUCAAGUGGACGGCUCCCGAGGCUGCUCUGUACGGCCGCUUCACCAUUAAAUCUGACGUCUGGUCCUUCGGGGUCCUGCUGACUGAAUUGGCCACCAAAGGCCGAGUGCCCUAUCCAGGUAUGGUGAACCGGGAGGUGUUAGACCAGGUGGAGCGUGGCUACAGGAUGCCGUGCCCAGCAGAGUGUCCUGAAUCCAUGCAUGAGCUGAUGCUGACCUGCUGGAGAAAAGAGGCCGAGGAGAGGCCCACCUUCGAGUACCUGCAGGGCUUCCUGGAGGAUUACUUCACCUCCACAGAGCCCCAGUACCAGCCAGGAGAGAACCUGUAACUGUGCUGAACAUGGAAAUGUGCAUGCGGUCCUGCAUGCGCAAAACUGAGCAUGUGCAUCUACUCCCAGAGUGCAUGGACAAGUAUGUGUCAGGGUAUGUAUGUACUGUAUAACGGGGCAGAGAGCCAACUGCAUUCUGGGUACUGUCAGUUACUCUCUGACAUCAAGUAGUAUCAGUGAGUAUCAUGAAACCAAUCAGCAACUUUCAGUUCCUGCCUCUUUCCAAAGUCAUUGUCAUGCUCUUCAACAUGUCCGCUCUGAUGGAGUAAAAGACUAAACUGUGGUAUUAUUUUGUUUAUUAUACAGUACUGUGUUAUUCUAUUUGUCAGUCAAAUCAACACUCUGCACAUCCAAGCAGGUUGUUCUACCUUCCUUGUGUUUUUAAGGCGCCAUAAUAAUAUACAUUCCCCAUGCACUCUUCCUGCGUUAACUCACCUGACUGAUCUUGUAGUUUGCCAGCUUCAACACUGCAAGUGACACCAGACUAUGACGUAAAAGACUGCAUAUGGGUUCAAACAUGGGAGUCCAGAGAAUGAAUGUUGAAUUCGAGCGUUGCCCUGCUGAAAGCCCCUCUUCAGGAUCUCUAUUUUCACUCCAUUUUCUUUGGGGUACCAUUUGUGACACACAUGCUCAGAGUCUGUCUUCCACUUUGCCACUUGACAAGCAACUAUUUGUAACAUACAAUAAUUUGCCAGGACGUUGUGGGUUUUAUGUUGUUGUUAGACCUGGAUCACCUGGAAUAUAUUCAGGUCAACGAUUUGACGAUUUAUAAUCAUGCUUCCGCUGUGCGACAUUUCAGCUAGUUUCCCGACCCGCUGUGAGAUUAAGUACCAGACUAACACCUUUUGAUUCCCAUAAGAGUGUGUAGUCUCACUCCCCAAUUGGACGAAUUGGUGUAUCGCUGUGACCAACAUACAGCUAAACUCAAAGAAGAGAACAAGCAGAGUCUAUCUAUUUUCUAAUUGUGACUUUUCUUACAAACAAAUGGCUACUGAUCACUAAUGGUCGUCUCAGGAUGCAGAAGACUAGAAUUCUGCUGCGAGGAUUUUUGUGCCAUGGAAAAUCUCUUUUGUACUCUCUUCUACUGUGUAAAAGUGUAUUUUACUACUCUACUUUUCUUACAAUGAAGUUUGAGUUGUGUAAGCAGUUGUUCUUCCUUAAAAGGACAAUCCACUGUUUUGAGAUCCUGCACCAACCGGCUCCACAGCAUGGGUUCAAGGUGCUGAUUUGUGUUCAAGCAUUCAAAUUAAAAUCAGGUGACUCUUCUUGUCUCUAUUUCGUUCUGACCUUCAUUAAUAUGAAGAUUUCUAUCUUUAAUCAGCCUCAGUAUUUUCCUAUUCAGCGCAUCUUUGUGCACAAUCGUACACUGGAGAUAUUAUGUUUCUGUGAUAAAUGAGCAACAGAGCGAUCCUGUGCUGAGGAUGGUUAUGCCUCCUUCCAGCCUGUAUGGAGCAGACCUUCCCAUAAACUCAGCAUGUACAGCAAAUAAAUUGGCAUAUUGAGACUUAAUUGUAAAUAUCCUUAAUGCUAAUUUUGUUUGUAUAUAUCAUCUUUAUAAUUUAUUCCUUUUAAAAAUAACCCAAUUGUUUAUUUGACUUUUGGCGUCAUCAUUUAAACUUUAAUGUUUAUGGUACUUUCAUGGGUUGAAUGACAUAACAAUAGCGAUAUAAAUAUAUAUUAUAGAAACACAAAUGUUUUUUCUUUGUGCUCGUAUUUCUGUGAAACGUAUCUUGGUUGUACAUUUUCAAUAUGACUGACAGAAUUGGUGAGGAGAACUGCUCCGUAUCCCCUGACUCGCAACAGUUCUGUCUUGCCAGAUACUGAUCAUCUACCAGCAUCACUCCUUCCCAUAAUACAAUCAAAACCACAAAUGUUUACACCGUGAUCAUCUUUAAAUCAUUUUGGUGCUGCUUCAGAGGCUGGUAAAUGAGCAGGUAAUCAAAUGUCUUGUUCAAAUGUCUAAUUCUUGUUAAACAUUUUUGGGUUUUUUUCUGGGUACACCUGACCAAUAUUGUGUGUGUGUGUGUGUGUGUGUGUGUGUGUGUGUGUGUGUGUGUGUGCUGCCAUUCUCUGUGCGCCCACAAUCGCUCAUUGGUUUGAUCGAAUAUCUCCAGCUUGUUGUUCAUAAAGCGCUACUCAUUAUGAUUAAAUAACUCCAUACAGAAAGUGAUUUGGCUGUCAUGAAUUGAAGGAGUUUGAUAUCUGGGAAGCGUACUAUGUCCCGUGGACAUAUGCCACAAUGAAUGCAUUGACCUGCAUGGGUGUAGUCGGGUGCUCUGGCAUCGUUCCCUUAUAUUCCUGACCUGCCUCACUCAAUGCUUAUGAGCAAAAGUGCACGAAAGUGAUCAUGUUAUUUGUAUGCAGCCUUGCUUACAAGCCAAGGUUAUUUCCUGUUGGGUUCUGUGGGUCUUCUCUCUGGCUAUGCAGAUCUUUUUUAAAUCUGUGAUAUUCCUAUAUAUACUCUUUUCUACUGUAUCCAAUGGGAAUUUUCAGAUAAAUAGCUCUUUGUUAAAUCCUACUGAAUAUUGUUCAAAUUUGAAAGUAUGUUUGAAUAAAAUUUGUAUAUUACCAACUGUA